GGAGGGGGCGGGCUCAGCGGCGGCGGCGAACGCGACGUUGCUGUGGAGAUAAUCAGCUUGUUGUGUCCGCGCCGCCCGCCCGGAGGCCGCGCUCCCACACCCGGACCCACACCCGCCUCACGGCCGCCCACAGCUGCCGCGGGGAGAGCGAGAAGGAGAGAAGGAGCUGCGGGAAACCCGCUAUGUCUUCGAAGGAAGACAGGGCCAUGGAGAUAUUGAAGGGCUUCAAGCUUAACUGGAUGAAUCUGCGUGAUGCUGAGACAGGGAAGAUCUUGUGGCAGGGUACGGAAGAUCUCUCGCUACCGGGAGUGGAACAUGAAGCACGGGUUCCUAAAAAGAUCCUGAAAUGUAAAGCUGUCUCAAGAGAAUUAAACUUUUCUUCAUCUGAACAGAUGGAAAAAUUCAGGCUAGAACAAAAAGUUUUCUUCAAAGGGCAGUGCUUAGAAGAAUGGUUUUUUGAAUUUGGGUUUGUCAUCCCUAACUCAACAAACACUUGGCAAUCGUUAAUAGAAGCCGCUCCAGAGUCUCAAAUGAUGCCAGCUAAUGUUUUAACUGGUAAUGUAGUCAUAGAGACCAAAUUCUAUGACGAUGACCUCCUCGUAAGUACUUCCAAAGUCAGACUUUUCUACGUCUGAGGUGAAUUGUGUACAGUUCAGUGCGGAGUGUCUUGUUAAUGGGCGGAUGGAUGAAACACUUUCAACCUCAACACCAAUGGAGCAGCUCGACUUGGACGGCAACUGGCAAAUUAGGUUCUUCAGAACGUUUUAGAAGAUUGAAGUGAGCAAGACUCACUGCAAAAACAAAAAGAGACUCUUGUAAAAGAAGAAUGAGCAGUGACAGUACUGUAUUCCCCGAGACCAAUAUUGUACAUUAUUUUAAUUGCGAUUUGUUUUGCUUUGAAUCUGUACACUGCUUUGCUUCAAUAGUUUGUAUGAUAUGUAGUUGAAAAUUCCAGCUCAUUUGAACAUUUAGUCCACGUUAAUUAUUUCGUUUUUUUUUCUAUUAUGACAUAUUCUUCAGUUGUAACAAAGUGUAAAAUACUCCGUCUGCUAGUUAUAAUCCCCAAUAAACUAAUGAGAGGGCUGAGCAGCAUUGAAAUAAAGGCUGUUGCUUCUGUAUUUAAAAUUCAAAUCUAGUUAAUUUGUACUGUAUAUAUUGUUGCAGUAAUAUUUUAUAACAUGUUUUGAGUUUACAAUUUGUUUGCUAAGGUACAGUAUUAAACGAGUUAGCUUUAAAUGA